AUGGAAACGUCUCUACCGCCGUCGAUCACGACUUCAGAGCCAAUGAGAGAUCUGCAGCUGGAAGUGAAUCUUUCAGCAAUAAUCCUCAAUGACAUAUACACCAUUAGGAAAGAGAUGAAAGAUGGUUCACUGGCGAACCUUAUUCCUACCAAAUUAGGCGCUGCCAACAAGAAAGAUCUAAAUGCUGCCGUUGAAGUCGUCUGCGAUCUCCGGAGAUCUGUUGAGGCAAUGAAAACCGCAUCAGCAAAACCUGAUAACUUAUCGGCCUACAACAAGCGUUUCAAUGACGAUGUUAAGACGUGGACUAAGUCUGUUGGCAUGAUGCUAAUCGGUAUCUUGGAAUACCAUCUGUCAUCAGCCAGAUAUGGGAUGAAGCCAUAUACACAGGAGGAUACCAGUAUUGACUUCACUCUGUAG